AUGAGCAAAGAAAGCGUUGUGGAACUUGGUGAAGGCAAAAGUGGUUCCUCCUCAAGAAGAGGGGUGAACAGAGGGCUGUCCAUGUUGGACUUUGUUCUAAGGCUUAUUGGAAUUGUUGGUACCAUGGCAAGUGCAAUUGCCAUGGGAACCACCAAUGAAACACUUCCUUUCUCCACUCGCUUCAUCCGGUUCAGGGCUGAGUACGAUGACCUUCCCACUUUUACGUUAUUCGUGGUUGUCAAUGCCGUUGUGAGCGGCUAUCUGGUUCUUUCUCUAGCUCUUUCUAUCCUACACAUAGUACGGAGCAGCGCACAAAAGAGUAGAAUACUUUUGAUCAUCUUCGACACGGCAAUGCUAGGUCUUCUAACGGCGGGAGCAUCAGCAUCGGCAGCUAUAGUAUAUUUAGCACACCAAGGAAACACCACAGCCAACUGGUUCGCUAUAUGCCAACAAUUCAACUCCUUCUGCGAGCGCAUCUCCGGUUCUUUGAUCGGAUCUUUCGUUGGUGUUGCCGCCUUCAUACUCAUAAUCUUACUUUCUGCCGUGGCACUUGCUCGACCUACGUAA